CUGGAAGUCUUUCUCCAAAUUAUUUUAUUUUCUCCUUCUGUUCAUGAUUUCUAUACAGAGCUGCAGAGAAGAAAAAAAAGUACCAUAAUGUACGUAAAUAUGGGAAGCAUGCAGCUGCAAUGCCUCGCACUAUCUGCUCUCAUUUUUCUUGUCACUGCCGGAGCUAGUAAAGUCCCGGCAGUGAUCGUGUUCGGAGAUUCGUCUGUGGAUGCAGGAAACAAUAAUCAGAUUUUAACUCUUCUGAAGAGUAAUUUUCCGCCUUACGGGCGUGAUUUUGUGGGAGGGGAGGCAACGGGAAGAUUUUCGAAUGGUCGGAUUCCGCCUGAUUUUAUAUCGGAGGCUUUUGGACUGAAGCCCUUCGUGCCGGCUUAUUUGGACCCGAAUUAUAAUAUUUCAGAUUUCGCUAUUGGUGUUUGCUUUGCUUCUGCUGGCACUGGCUAUGACACGGCUACUUCUGAUGUUCUGUCCGUGAUCCCUAUGUGGAGAGAGUUGGAAUAUUUCAAACAAUACCAGGACAGGCUUAAAGGCUAUUUGGGUGGUAAUAAAAGCAAAAAGAUUGUGAACGAAGCUCUGUAUCUGAUCAGCCUGGGAACAAACGAUUUCCUCGAAAAUUAUUACACACUUCCGAAGAGAAGAUUAGAGUAUAAUGUGGACAAGUACGAAGAUUUUCUGGUGGGAAUUGCAGAGAAUUUCUUGAGACAAGUGUACGGACUUGGAGGUCGAAAAAUGUCUGUAACAGGACUUCCUCCAAUGGGGUGUUUACCAUUGGAGAGAACUACGAAUUUGCUGAAAGGGCUUGGAGAUACAUGUAUUGAAAGCUACAACAAUGUUUCCAGAAGCUUUAAUGCCAAGUUGGGUGAUCUGGUAAAAAUGCUGAAUCAGGAGCUUCCUGGAGCGAAAAUAGUUUCAGCUAAUUCAUAUUCUAUUUUUUACCAUAUCAUCAAAAGACCUUCUCUCUAUGGAUUUGAGUAUUCAAACGUGGCAUGCUGUUCGACGGGGUUAUAUGAAAUGGGUUAUCUGUGCAAUCAGUUCAAUCCCUGUACAUGCGCAGAUGCAAAUAAGUAUGUGUUCUGGGACUCUUUUCAUCCUUCCGAGAAAACCAACCAGAUCAUUGCAGAUUAUAUAUUGAAGCGUUAUCUUCAUGUGUUUAUGUGAUGCAAUUACAAAUUACUUUUCAAUACACUGGCCAAAACGGGAAAUUGCUAAUCAAUGAUAAAAUUCAGUAUGAUUCGCUUAAA